GUUUGAUGUUUCUGCUGUCUCUGCCUCGCAGUUCAUUGCUGAACUUUACCCUCUUUUGCCGCUUUGUAAACCGUUAAAAAACAGAAACCUACUCCCCGAAGCCCCCCCUCUCUCUGGUGUUCAACCACCUUUAUAAUCCAUUUUCCAUCAAAUCCUUCUUUCAUUAAGGGUAGCCUCCACCGAUUUAGGCCAUGCACCGCCGGAAAAUUGGAUUCCCCGAGCAGAUUUUACCGCCGAGGAGAAGACUUGUUCCUGGGAUUGGUCUUGGCAUUGCCGUUCCUCUCAUUGUUGUCGGCUUUCUUUGGCUCUACACUUCUUCUCAUGUCAAUUUCUUCUUCUCUCUGUCUAAUCGCCCCACUUCCGUGGCUUCCCUCUUUUCUUCCUCGUCUCUCCCCUUUUCUGAUUUAACCGCUAAUUCUUCCAAGCUGGGGACCUAUGAUGGUGACACACCAACCCUUGUGCCUGUUCCUCCCCAUAUGGCGUCAUUGGUUCAGCCACUUGCCAAUGGGAGCUUGCAACUUAACACCCAUUCGCUAAAUAGCUCCAAAAUUUGGAAUGCAACUUUGUCCCUUGAAUCCAAAAAUGUUUCUGGAAAUGGAACAAUUUCUAGCCUAGCGAAGUUGGACUCCCAGAAGAUAACUGCAGAUAAUUUACCGAGUAACACCACGUCUUUGAACAACAAUACUACUCAAUACCAGAAAAAGAACAAUCAUUCUUCCAAUGCUGAGGACAAGAGAUCGUCCGAAGGUGAUGGUGGGUCUCAACCAGUGGCAACAUCAAAUAACAGUUUUGAUGAGGAGUGUGAUAUCUUCGAUGGUGGAUGGAUGAGGGAUGAUUCGAAGCCAUAUUAUCCUAAGGGUUCUUGCCCUUACAUCGACAGGGACUUUGAUUGCCAUCUUAAUAAGAGGCCAGACGAUGGAUAUUUGAAAUGGAAAUGGCAGCCAAAUGGGUGUAACAUUCCAAGUCUGAACGCAACACAUUUUCUAGAGGUGUUGAGGGGAAAGCGUUUGGUGUUUGUUGGGGAUUCAUUGAAUAGGAACAUGUGGGAGUCUCUGGUGUGCAUUCUUCGUCAUAGUAUAAGCGACAAGCAAAGAGUGCAUGAGAUAUCUGGAAGGACAGAGUUCAAGAAGAAGGGCUUCUACGCCUUCCGGUUCGAGGACUACAACUGUUCUGUGGAUUUUGUUAGUUCUCCAUUCCUAGUUAGGGAGUCUUCAUUCAAAAGAAAGAAUGGAACCAUCGAGACAUUAAGAUUGGAUCAAAUGGACCCAACCACCCAAAUGUAUAAGGAUGCCGAUGUUUUGGUGUUUAAUACAGGCCAUUGGUGGACUCAUGAAAAAACAUCGAGGGGAGAAGAAUAUUACCAAGAAGGUAACCAUGUGCACCCAAGGCUGAAGGUGUUGGAAGCGUUUAAGAGGGCUCUCACCACUUGGGGUCGAUGGGUCGACAACAAUGUUGAUAGAAAUCGAACUCUGGUUUUCUUCAGAGGGUAUUCAUAUUCUCAUUUCAGUGGUGGGCAAUGGAACUCGGGAGGGCAAUGCAGCGGUGAAACAGAACCAAUCUAUAACAAAACACAGUUGGGGAAGUACCCUAACAAAAUGAGGGCUGUGGAGUAUGUGAUUCAGGAGAUGGAAACGCCAGUGUGGUACUUAAACAUCACCAGGCUCACUCACUAUCGGAAGGAUGCACACCCUUCAAUUUAUAGAAUGAAGUACAAGACAGAAUCAGAAAAACGUGCCGGUCUCCGGGUUCAAGAUUGCAGCCAUUGGUGCUUGCCCGGCGUACCCGAUACUUGGAAUGAGCUGCUUUAUGCCUCCCUUUUAAGGAUGGCAAACAGAUAUUGGAGCAACUAAGCAAGUUUUAUAUGGACCAAAUACUGUUUAAUCGUUUAGGUUGUGAGCAGCAGCAUGGUACAUGGCUACAACUACAGUUGAGUGAUAGAUUACCUGAGGCGUGCAAAUGUAGAGCAACAAUAAUGAUGUAUGUAUUCUAUAAUCCAAAUCGUUUGAAAUAGAAAUGGACUUUUUUUAUUCAUUAACUUGUAGGUCAAAAGACGACCCCAUAAAGUAGACUGAGUAAGAGUCCACGCCAUUUCGUGACUUGCCGGAAUGCCGGAGCAAAAUCCAAAGGCCAAGCAGAGAAUGAAACUAAGUAGGCAGAGGGCAUGGCUGAUGGGUUUAGCUCAGGGAUUUGAGGAGGAAGGUGAGACAUUGGCAUUGUAUACCCUCACCGGAUCUCCACUAGCUUUUCUUCAAGGGCUGUGGUGAAGGUCCAUGGACCAAGCCACAGCGCGACUGCCCCCAUCUGAUUCAACGCCUCUUAGAUUAGAAAAGGUGGGGGAGAAGUUGGGUUCUCCAUUGUGGGUUUAAAUGCACGACCAACCUGGUACCCCAUUAUAAUACUCCCACUCUUCCAUUCCGCUCCAAACGAUUCAAAUUUGGGUGGAGCUUCCAUUCCCAAUUCAAAAUUAAUGCUCGGCUCGGCUUACAUUGAGAGCUCUCUUCAGAGCAUUGGUUGGGUAGGGACAAGGGAGGGGCAGCUCUGGCUUUCACUAAUAUUGUGCGAAUUUAAAAAUUGG